AUGGCCGUCUCGAUACAGGACCGCACAGAGGAGUUUCGGUCCAUUCUUGCCCAGGCGCAGCGACGGCAGGCGCAAUCCAAGACGGGUGCGCAGCGGCAGUCACUCCUCACAGCACAAGAAAAGACGCAAGCAAAUGGCAAUCCUCAGCGCCAACGCUCAGAGUUUGCGCGCAAUGCCGCCGAGGUGGCGCGAGGGGUUGCGAGCACCAUGCAGAAAUUGGAGCGCCUCUCACAACUCGCCAAGCGCAAAACGUUGUUCGAUGACCGGCCCGUCGAGUUUGACGAGCUCACCUUCGUCAUCAAGCAGGACAUGACUGCUUUGUCUAGCCAGGUGCAGACUCUGCAGCAAAUGAACAUCAAGCAACACCCGAAAGUGAAACCCGGGGUUGAUCAGGAAGGAGAGCACAACAGCAACGUGGUUUUGCUGUUGAAGGACAAGCUGCAGAAUGUGGGAACCAACUUCAAGGACGUAUUGGAGGUCAGGACCAAGAACAUGCAGGCCUCGAGGUCACGGACAGAACAGUUUCUGUCAUCUGCUGCGGCGCAAUCACAUAGCAGCCACGACCCCGGCAGAACCGAUUCUCCUCUGUACCAGACACCCCAGCGAGGACGCUCGCCUGGAGGGUUUGGCAGGAACACGAACGCUGCCCAGCAAGACCUGCUCUCCCUUGAACCAUCAGGAUCGUCAGCGCUCACUCGAGGUGGCCCGCAAUCAGACACACAGUUACUGUUAAUGGAGGAGGCGCAACCGCAGAACGCUUAUAUCCAAGAGCGAGGGCGAGCGAUAGAGUCGAUAGAGUCUACCAUCCAAGAGCUAGGAGGCAUCUUCAGCCAACUGGCUCAAAUGGUGUCGGAACAGGGCGAGCAAAUUCAGCGGAUAGACGCAAAUACCGAGGAUGUCGUAGAUAAUGUUGAGGGUGCUCAGCGAGAGCUGAUGAAGUACUGGAGUCGGGUCCAAGGCAACAGGUGGCUUGUUGCGAAGAUGUUUGGCGUGUUGAUGAUAUUCUUUCUACUAUGGGUCCUUAUUUCUGGGUAG